AUGACGCGAAGGCGAGACACCGACUACUCUACUCAUACCGCUAGCACUCGGGAUACGAGGCGGAGCGCCGACUCAUAUGACUCUCGGAGUACCGCCCCUACCUCUCUCUAUGACAGCCCUAGACCAUCCACGAAGGAUUCGGAUUCUCGGGCUGCAAGGCUCCAGUCAGGGUUUUACGAGGAGGACCUGCCUUCAUCCACGAGCAUAUACCCGCGGUCAUCAGUCGACACAUAUUCGUCACAGGCCUCAAGUGAAGAUUAUGAGGAUGACUUGGAGUCGGAAGAGUGUCAGUAUUUCUCGGAUAUUCCCCAGCUACCUGCCUACCGACAUGAGAUCGAGGAUAUCAAUGUCAGACCCUCGACGCCCGAGGACUUCGCCAGCCUGUUUCCGUCUAUGAAUAGAUUGACUAUUCGUCACGACGACUUUACGUCGGAUGGAAACAUGAACCUAAGGGUAGACACAGUCGUUACGGGCAGACGAAAAAAGACCAUACAACUCUUCCACCUACGCAUGUACGAUCUGAACAAGCGCGAGUUUUCUCUCAGGCGGUAUUGCAGAGAUUCUGGACGUGAAAUUUGCAACUCGAAACGCAAAUACGUCGAUACAGCCCGCCCUAACUUACAGCGGUCGGUAUCAACCGCAGUGAAGUCCCUGACGAGACGACCGACGCUCAGCCGCAUCCCCACCAGCGGCUCGGUCUUCUCCUCCAAGAGCAGACCAGGGACAAGCCACUCUGCUGCGGUCGAGGUUGACGACGUCUUUUCCAAUACCCUUACCCGUGCCGAUUCCAUCGAAAGCAAGAAGGAGAAGCCUCGCCCAACGGCUACGAACAUGAUCAAACUCGAGUUCUCCAACUAUGCGCGGGUUGACGUGGUGCGGCGUGGAAACAGGAACACGAAGAGAUACGAGUUCGAAUGGUGGGGUCACAAGUACUCUUGGAAGAGAGUGGUGGACAAGCUCACAGAUUCCGUCUCUUAUCACCUUCUCCGCGAUGGUCAAAACCAUUCACCUGUAGCACACAUCGUGCCAGAAACUCGAUCGCCAAACCAAGUCGAGGCUGACGAGGAAGCCGGCGGUUGGGUACCUCCUUGCCACAUGUGGAUCAGCGACCCUGAGUUGGUCAAAGCUGUGACUGAUGUUGCCGAUGUUGUUGUCGCAACUGGUCUUAUGGCACUUGUUGAUGAUUGCAUCAAGGAACGUUGGCAGACGAAGAAGGUCCGCAAGAUCGGGAUCCCACUCAUGUCCAGAUCCCUGGAUGUUGAAGUCGUCAGCCCAAAGACUUUCAUGCAACACAUGUUUACCCGUCGGAAUUCGGAGCACCAUCCGAGUCCAUUACGCUUCCACCAGCGACCCGUCGCUGCUUACUAA